AUGUCACCUCAGUGCACCCUCCCAUGCUCGCGCCAUUUCCACCUACAUACAGAGACAACUUCAGCUAAGAACUACUCCAGCUCCUGCAUCGCCCACCGCACCACCAUCCUCGCCGAACAUUCUGUUCCUGGUUCCUCCUCAACUGCCGCAUCCUCGCUAGCCUCCAUCAUCCUCCCAAAGAUCAGCCAUGAGCAGUCUCAAAAGCUCACAUACACCCACGAACGCCUCUUCGUGCACUACAUAUCCGACUCCCCCUCCGGUCCCGCCGACACCACAACCUCUGAACCGUCCUCCUACGCACCCCUAAGCUACAUCGUUGUUGCAACGGCCGAACAAGGCCGACGCAUCCCUUUUGCCUACCUCCUCGAAAUGAAGCGCCGAUUUCUGAGUACUUAUCCGCCCUCCAACACUGAUUUUGCCUCGUUACCCGCAUACGGCUGUGCAGCGUUCAAUAAUGAGCUUCGGGGUUUGCUGCAAACGUUCAAUACGGCGCCGCCGGCUGAUUCGUUGGCCAGCGCGAAAAAGGAAAUUGAUAGUGUGAGAGACAUUAUGACAGAGAAUAUCGAAAGAGUGCUAGAGCGCGGGGAGAGGAUCGAUUUGCUAGUUGAUAAGACGGAUCGGUUAGGUGGGAGUGCGCAUGAUUUUAGGAUGAGGAGUCGUGGGUUGCGGAGGAGAAUGUGGUGGAAAAAUGCGAAGCUUAUGGUGCUUUUGGGAGUGGUGGUUGUGUUCCUCAUCUAUCUAUUUGUUGGGAUGGGGUGUGGCUUACCGGCUUGGGGAAGGUGUGUUGGCUGAUAAUGAUCUAGGUUCGAAGUAAGGAACUGGCCAUGAUAUACUAGUAUACUUAUUUGGUGGUGAUUUCGGCCAGCCUUCUAGUGUGUGCGUUUGGGCAGAUGGCGGCUUGGUUUCUUAAGCUUACGGCUUCUCUUCUCAUGUCUUCCUGACAAUUUUUAUGAUGAUGAUGAUUCAAGGACACGUUAUAUCAUUCUGUAUCUACUGCUGACUUGCGGGCGCUCGAUGACCGAUUUACCAUAAUGCGCAUGACAGUAUUCU